AUGAACGUGAACCAACCUUCAGCUGUUGUAUGGAUAACAAGUUUUGUCUACAGUCUGUCACAUGCUAAAAUAACAUUUAGCAAUACAGUCGUGAUAGCAUAUUACUUGGUUUCCUUUUUAAUCGUGAUUGCGUAUGCAAGUUCCACGAUUAUGUUAGUUUUGUGGCAAUCUCAAAAUAAUCGAAAAGUGAUUGAAAUUUUCGCCGGCAUUGAUAUAUCGCUCCAUAGAAAAAUUGAAUUGUAUGUGUUUAGUAUAUUUUUAUAUAUGAUUAAACAAAGAAUACUGUUAAUUAAUAAUUACUUAAGCAAGAUUACAGGCGAUCAAGAUAAUGUUUUAUUUAGACGACAUAAUGUAAAUCAAUUGGACAUCGACUUCAUUGGGAAUAUUUCCAAUACAAAUUACAAAGUACGUCACUUAGCGUCUGCAUAUUGCAAAGUGGGAAAGGUUACCAUACUAAUUAAUAAAAUUUAUAACAGCUUAAUGUUAAUGACGCUUGUAACAGCAUUUAUUUUUAUUAUAAUAGCGUUAUGGACCAUC